AAAUAGCGCACCAGUGCGCCUACCCUCGACACGAUUGCGCUUCUCGACGCCAUGCCGGGUACUUGUCACCGGCUAAGAAUACCAUCGAUCGUCUCCAGCCGCUCGGGCAAGAGUGGCGUUGGAGCAUCAUCCUCUUCAUCCUCAUCUUCGGCCGGUGUUUCUGCCGGACCUUCGAUUGCCGAUGAUGAUCUGUUUGCGUGCGAUGGAGGUUUACCCUCAUCUCCACCGGCCACCAUCAAGAAGGAACGUCACCGGGUAACGAUGAUGGGUGCGGCUCGUGUUGGCAAAUCAUCCAUUAUCUCCCAGUUCCUGUACGAAAAGUAUCUUUCGCGCUACAAGCAAACGAUCGAAGAGAUGCAUCGUGGUGAGUACGAGCUGCCCGAUGGUUCGAGCCUGACGCUGGACAUUUUGGAUACGUCCGGAUCGUACCAGUUCCCGGCUAUGCGAGCACUGUCGAUCAACACGAGUGGAGCUUUUAUAUUGGUGUAUGCAGUGGACGAUGAGGAAACUUGGAACGAAGUCGAACGAUUGCGGGAACAGAUUAUCUCCGUACGAGGCACUCGGGUACCGAUCGUGAUCGUUGGCAACAAAGCAGAUGUGCCGGAAGAGCAACGUCAGAUCCCGUUCAAGGUGGCACGCUCCCGGGCCCUUCUCGAAUGGGGCUGUGGAUAUGCCGAAUGCUCAGCCAAGAAUAAUGAAGGCAUCCUGACCGUCUUCAAGCAACUGCUCCGACAAGCGAACAUCGAGUACAACCUUAGUCCGGCAGUUCGUCGUCGGCGAAAGUCACUGCCAAGCUACACCGGCGGUACUAAUCCAGCACGGGCCAACUCCGCCAAGUAUUAUCUCAAGAGACACUCGUGCUCGGUACAGUAA